CGACAAUUUCAGUGUCUUUUUCAGGAAGCUACAUUCCCGAACUUCACUUCAUAUAACGAUCAAUCCAAAAGGCUCUCCAGCACUGCAGACUACGACCCACGAAAUCUUCCGUGUAUGCGACGACGGCAUGGCAACAUGACCACGGAAUCAUGGGUUUUUAAACAUUUGAACUGAUUUAAAAGUGGAAGAAGUCAAGAUCAAAUCUUCGUCUCAUCCAUCAUACCAUAACUAUACAUACUUCUUAACCAACACCCUUCACUCCCGUCUGCUCUAAGUACCUUACCUACCUUGUUGGCGUGGUCUGGUGCUUACAAGGCCUGAAUACGGCUUCACUUCAUUUCCUUCGAACAUUUCCAUAAUCUAUCCGUCGCCCAAAAUAAUCAUGUCGAGAUACAACUACGACAGAGAUCCUGUAGAGGAACCUCCGCGUGGCCGUGGCCAUAUGCCCCGGCACGCAUCUCCGUACCCCCGAGGACCCCUCCCAGACGAUGAUGACGAUAGCUCUAUAUAUCCUUCAUCGCCACACCAUAAUCCGGACAGAUUGCAAGCUCCUCCUACCUCCAACCGCCGACCGAGAUCUCUCCCUCCUGAACACGACGUGGUCUCCAGAGAUCUCCAGCUCCGCCACCGCCCUUCGCCACUACCGCCAGCCGUGCCAGAUCCACCCUCCAUCGACCGCCAUCACGCUAAAUCCCCCUCGCCACGAUCCAGGUCCCGAGUCCGCCGCCCAUCCCGCUCUAAAUCUACUACGAGAGGGCCCAUCGACAAGGCUCGCGACGCCGCCGACAGGACCUUCUCGCAGACUCCCUCGGGACUGGGCGUCGGGCUCUUGGGCGCCGUGGUAGGCGGCCUUGCGGCUCGCGAGGUCAACGACACCGCCCGCGCCAGGCGUCACCGAACUGCCUCCUCACCACCCCCACCCCGUCGCCGUUCCCCGUACUCCCCCCGCUCCCCCUACUCCUCCUCUUCCGGCUCGUCUCCCGUCCGUCACCGUCAUCCAGGCCGCGGCGGGAAUCAUCACAGAAACGACGACGAAGACGAGAGGACGUCUCGUCUGGUCUCCACGGUUGUAGGCGCCUUGGUGGGUGGUCUCGGCGCCAACGCGUUGGAGCGACGGUUCGAAAACGCCCGCGAACGGCACCGCGCUCAGCAGGGGGCGUGGGAGCGCAAGUGGGGCCCGACGGACCGGUUGAACGAUCGUCACCACCAUCAUGGUCGCCGUCCUUCUCCUCCUCCGCCUCAUUAUCACCGCCCUGACAAGUCUCGGGCUCCGCGCGGGCCGCCCUCUGCUUACGAGGAGCCGGAACGGGGUAGCAGAUAUGCGCGACCGAGGGUCGUCGUCGACACCCUGGACGACGGCAAUCUUGCGUAUGAUGGUCCGCCCCGACGUGGGAGAAGCUAGUAGGGCGGCCAAGGUACCGGGCACCAGUAUAGGUUACAAAGAAACGGGGCUGAUGUUCGCUGUGGAACGGUAGAAGCUGCGGGUACAACUUUGGGUACCCCUAUACUGCGUUGUGCCCGAAUUUGUACUAGGUAUUAACAGACCUCUGUCGG